CUGUGCUAUGGGAUGGACGGAGCCCAGCUGGAUGAGUACGAGGUUCAACUGAAGGAACUCUUCGACGGUUUUGACGGCAAUGGCUCGGGAUCCCUGUGUCAGGAGGAACUCUCGGACCUGUGCCAGGCUCUGCAUCUGGAGGAGGUGGCACUGGCACUGCUGAGGGAGCUGGUGCAGGAGGGCAGUCUGUCGGACAGGGUUCAUUUUGAGCAGUUUAAGGACGCGCUGAUCCUUGUGUUGUCAACGACGCCAGGAGGGCAGCUGUCUAAUGAAGAGAACAGCCAGGAGCCAGACUCGUCCCAAGCUAACCCCAAGUUCGUGAAGGACGGGAAACGAUACGGGCGUCGCUCGCUCCCUGAGUUCGGAGAGUCUAUAGAAGGGUUUGCUGAGGUCAGCGAGACAGAGCCAGCUGCCCCAGAAGAGAAUCCCCAGAACGCCCCCCCUCGGGACGGGUGCAGGCACUGGAAGACAUCCACACAGUACAGUGAGGAGUAUGAGGCUGAAGGUCAGCUGCGGUUCUGGAACCCCGAUGACCCUGGCACGCCCCACAGUGUGCCUCCCCCCUCCCCGGACUGGCUGGAGGAGCGGCUGGGGGCUGUCUGUGAAGAGCUGGGGGUGUCUCGUCAGGGCUAUACAGGCUGCAGGCAGCCAGUUUCAAUGUGCGAGCAGCUGGGACUGGCGGGGCUGGACGAUAUUUUUACGAAUCUGGACCCUGACGGGAUGAUGAGUGUCCAGGACUUCAUUUCCGGGGUUCUGAGGAACGGGAAGCCCCCUACCCCCUCUGCCUCGACCCCCUACCAGCAGCUCAAGAGACGUCUCUCCACACAGUCGUUUGACGAGAGUGGCAGGCGCACGGCCACCCCCUCGGCGAUGACCAGCACCAUCGCUCUGCGGCUCUUCUCGGGGCUGGACGACGGCUCAGGGUACACCAAUGCUGAGCAGCUGCUGGACGCCUGGCAGGAGGAGGGCAUCGACAACUGCCAUGAGAUACUGCAGGCUCUGGAUUUCAGUCUAGACAGGAAGGUGAAUCUGAGUGAGCUGACAAUCGCACUGGAGAACGAGCUCCAAAUCACCAAGAAUGGGAUUCACCAGGCAGUGCUGGCCAGCUUCAAGAGUGAGAUCCGCCACCUGCUGGAGCGGGUGGACCGCGAGAUGAGGGAAAAGGGGAAGCUGCGCUCCGACCUGGACAAGGCUGACCGGCUCAAGACACAGAUGGCCGCCGAGAUGGACGAACACCACUCCGCCAUCGAGCGUCUCAGCAACAGCAACCUCAGGAAGCUGGAGCAGGAGUAUCGGGACAGGCUGGCCGCAGUGAAAGCCGAGCUGACGAGAGAGAGGGACCAGAUCCAGCAGCAAGCCAGCAAGCAGAGGUCUGAGCUGGAGAGGGAGGUGGAGAAGGUGAAGGAGGAGGAGCUGUACCUGCGAGAUCGCCUCUCACUUGCACACAAGGAGAACAUGCGUCUGGAGGCAGAGCUGCUGGAGAUCACAGAGAAGCUGGUGGAAACUGAGAACCUGGCCAGCAAACUGCAGAGCAACCUGGAUAACAUCCUCAAAGAGAAGUUUGGUGAUCUGGACCCGGGCAGCGCAGGGUUCUUCUUGCAGGAGGAGCGAUUCAAACUCAUGCGGAACGAGUGUGAGCAGCGGUGCAGGGAGCUGCAGGACCGUAUUGAUGAGCUGCAGGCUGAGUACUCCGCGCUGGGCAGGACAUCCCGCCCCUCCCUCGGACUGUCCCUGACCGAGGAUUUUGACAGCAAGAGCGGUGUUGGUGUGGAGUCAGACCCCGGUCUGAGUUUGGAGGAGGGUCAUCCCUUCAACAUGAGCCUGGAGGCGGAGAUGCUGGUGGAGCAGCUGAAAGAUCAGCACCAGCAGGACGUGGCAAGCGUGAGAGCCGAGCUGCAGAGCAAGGUCAGUGAGCGUGAGCAGCAGAUGGAGGAGUUGAAAGCCGGCCACGCUCGGGAGCAGAGGGCACUGGAGCAGCAGUGCCGGGAGGAGAUGGGCCGAGUCCAGAACCACAUGGAUGAGCUGCAGAGCCAGCUGGAAACCCUGGAGAAAGAGCGCGAGAGAGCGGAGCAGCUUCGCAUUGAGGAGAGGGCGGAGCUGGAGCGGCAGCAAGGGGAGGAGAAGAACCGGGCCCAGGCCAGGGCCUCCGAGAUGCAAGUCAGAGUGGAAACCCUGGAGAGCGAGCGUGAGCGAGGAGAGGAGGAGAGACGGCAGCUGGAGAGACGGCACAUGGAGGAGCGAGUCCGGCUGGAGGAGUGCGGUGAGAAGACCCUGCAGGGACGAGUGCAGGAGGAGCGCGAGAGGAAGCGGGUGGAGCUGGAGGAACGAGAGGAGGAGCUUGCGGAGGAGUUCAAGCAGGAGCGAGGCUCACUGGAGAAGAGGCACCUGGAGGCACUGGAGGAACUGACUCUGAAACACAGCGAGGAGAGAGAGAGGCUAACCGGCCGGCUGCAGAGCCUUGAGCAGCAGAUCCUGGAAGAGAGGCGCAAGGAGGAGCAGUUUAAGAAGGAGAAGAUGGCGGCGGUGAAGGCUGCAGAGAAUUUUAAGAAGCAGGUGCUGGAGCUGCGGUCCCGUGCUCAGCAGCUGGAGAUCAAGAACGCAGAGCUGGCUCAGAAGAGCGGUCAGAACGCCAAGGACUUCGUGGAGCUGAACCGGAGAAUGUGUGAGGUGGUGCUGUGGCACCACGAGAACGGCCGGUGCCACCACCAGGGGGAGCUAGAGAGGGAGAGAGCUGCACUGAGCGCCGAGCUCAGCCAGGGGAGGAGCAAGAUGGCGGCGUGCAUGUCCACUCUGGAGUCUGAGCUCUGUAGGGUUGAGGAGAGGAGCCGAGUGCUUGAGCAGGAGAAGGCACUGCUGAGCCAGGAGCUGUCUGCUAUGAAAGAGAAGCUGUCGGGUUCCAGUGACCUGAAGAAGGAACUGCUCAGCAUGGUUUGCAAGAACGAGAAGCUCCAGAAAGAGAAGGAGGUGCUGAGCGAAGAGCUGAACCACUGCGUGGACAAGAUCAGAGUGCUUGAGAACCAGCUCGCUCAGCUUAGACAUGACCGGCAGGCAGUGGAGCAGCACGCACAGACACUGAGGAGCCAGCUCAGCGCCUCCCUGGACAAGGUGAGCGAGCUGAGUGACUGCGAGCGAGAGCUGGAGAGGCUGAAGGUGGAGAACGAGGCUGUAUGGAGCCGGCAGGCCAGACUGGAGAGCCAGGAACUGGAGACUCUCUGUGAGCAGCUCGGAGGGCUGGUGCCUAGGGAGCAGCUGGUCCAGGCCCAGCACAGGCUGCUGCAAGGGGAGCGUCGCAGGCAGCACCGGCCCGAGGACCUGGGGCACCAGGCAAGAACGCCCGCCCCCACAAAGCCGAUUUAUUAGGAUUCAGCCAGAAAAAGUGAAAAGAUUAGAUGGAAAAGUUGUUGUGCUAUACUGCUAAGCAUGGGUGUCGUAUUCCCGCUCUGUGGUUUGUGCUGUGUUGUGUGGCUGCUAGCGGAUUGCUUCAGGGUCAAGUGUACCUACCUUCUCUCUCCAGGGCGCAUUACCGGAGCAGCGUACCACUCAUACAGACACCUACAGGAGGAUCGGCGGCUUGUGAAGGAAGUUAAACGCCAGCCCCCUCUCCCCUCCCACUCCUCUUCUUUUUUAUGAACUGUUCAGACUGAAUAAGCUGACAAUACUCAAGACAUUCUUCCCAGGCUGCACUCUGGGAACCAAAAACCAAAACCAUCACAGUGUGCAAUGCAGCAGGGAACUCCCAGUCUCUUUCACCAACCAGUGAGGCUUAGCAAUUAGGGGAUCAGUGUUCCAGUCACAUACAAAUACAUGCACAAAAAACACAAAUGAAGGGAUGUAAAAAAAAAAGUUUGACCAGCACAGUACUACUGCCUCAGUAACUGAUGUUAAACUAAUUAUGAAUGCUUUUUUUGUUUUUUAAUGAAUUUAUUUAAUUAAAUUGAUUUGAAUGUUACACUUGCCAGUUAACAAAUAAUGAUUAUAUUUAUGUAUAUGGUAGCCUACUGGCUUUGUUUCCUAGCAAUUUGCAUCCCAGUGCUGUUUUUGAUUAUUGUUACUGACCUGGAUACUGUCAUUGUCGGUGUUUUUUUGUUUUUUUUUAAGGGAAUACAUUCAGUUUUCUUGACCCCUGUACUGUAACAGAAAGGUCAGCAGGUGGCACUGUUUACUGCAAGCCUCUUCAGUUGCUGGGGCUUUGCGAUGGAGACUGCUGCAUUGCCCACUGUAAUAAUAAUUGGUGAUAACAAGGUAUCCUUGAAUGGAAAUGGAAGCAGUACUCUUCAGUGCACUCCUGUUCUUGUUUUUAUACAAUGUUAUUAAUGUCAGGGUGGAAAUGCACUCCUGUUUGAAAUGUAAGUUUUGUUUUAUUUAAUUGUUGUCGUCCAUCAGCAGCACUGUGUAUAUUGGUAGAGGCUUGUCCAAAGAUCUGCUCGCCUUGCACUGUAAAGUUUAUUGACAGUAUUAUCACAGGUUAAUUCAAUACCACCACCUUUUUUUAAAGCUUGCUUGUGAAGAAGCUGCUCUUGCAGUUUUGCAUCUGCAGCGCUCCCUCGAUAUUCCAUUGUUCACUCAUCUGAUUAUUUCACUCUUGUGCCUUGACGACAGUGGAGUCCUGCAUUUUCCUGAUUCACUGUUGAAUAUGAGUAACUCAGACAGUGAAAUGAGCACUGAAGUCUGUGUUUGUUUAGCUUUCACAGCUAAACAAACAUAUUUAAUUGAAUGUAUCUUUCGUUUUGCUCUUCGCACAUUCACAUUGAAACCACAAUGCUUGUUACAAAGCCGAGGUGCUCUGCACUAAAGCAGGGUAAUCUGAUAUAGCGUAGAAAGUGCCUGUCUCUAAUCUGUGUAUCCUCCUCGCAGACGUUCACAAGCACUGAAAUCCACUGUGGUUUUAUAUUGCAUUAUAAUUUGCUGAACCGUUGAUGACAGCAUGUGGAGUGUUCACAGCAAGAAGAGUUUGAUCAGAGGGGAGGGCUUGUUGAUCUUGGCAGUAAUGAGACUGAUAACUAGGGUCAGAUCUGGAAGCACAUGGGUGAAAAAACAAGUACUUUUUGUAUUUAAAAAAAAAAAAAAUGUAUGUAAAUGAUUAUUCAAGUUAAACAAAAAAUGACACUGAUGGAAUUUUGUAUGAUUAUUUUUUUGUAAAAAAAAAAAAGAAAAGAAAAUACACCCGUUAAAGACUAAAGAUGCUUGGCCGUUAAUAUACAGGGUGUAGAUUAAUGCAGAGUGUUUUUUCUGCCUUGGCCAGUCAUGCAUGUGUUCAGGUGGAUAGCCCGUUGAUUCAUUUUGCACUAUUUGGAGGAUUCACUAAGACUCACAAACACGGUGUCCCUUCAUGGGAGUGUAAAGGACCCUUGUUUGAAAGGCCUCCCAAAGUGCUCUUCUCUGGAACCAGUUUGACAGUUCGGGUUUUUGUUUCAGCCGUUUCCUGAAUACAGUGUAAACUGUAAAACAGUACAGCACAAUGUCAGUUUCUACAGUAAGGCUGGAUCUACCAUAGGAUCUGGUUAAAAUGAAAACCUGGUAUUUUGUAGGUCCCCAGGAUUGGACUGGGGUCCUGAGUGAGAGAGUGAGCAGAUCCUGACUUGCCUUUCCUACCAGCAGUAUUGUUUGUAUUUGUGUUUGUGUGUUUUAUGUCAUUGUUUUGUUAAUGAUCGCUAUUUUUG